GUUGAGCAAGAGCAAGUUUAACAGAAGAAAACAUGGGGGUCUCCAAGAAAAGCUUGAAUUUGGAGCUCCUAUUUCAUGCAUGGCUCAAGGGAACAUCACUGUUCUCGACUGGGUGCUGCGGGAGAAGAAUUUUACCCGGUUAUGUGAAACCAAGUCAAUCCUGACUAUGAACGGAAUGUUUCCGGGCCAACCUUGUAUGCUUACAAGGGUCAGAGGAUCAAAG